GCAGAACUGGCACAAGGCAGCGGCGCCCGGGCCGCCCCGCCCUCCCGCGUUGGUCCCCGCCGCCGGAUGUUGACGGCGUCGCCUAGCAACCAGAGAUGGAGCCGGGCGGCGGGGCUGGCGGGUCCCCCCUGCAAGACAGAUGGACUUCUGAAGGGGAGGAAGAACAGAACAGAGGGGACACCCAGGACAAUGAAGGCGACAGGGUGCCACCCACAGAGGACAGCAGCGACAGGAACAAUGACGAAGCUGUUGGGGCCACACAGCAUUCUGAGGGGGAAGUCGCAACAAACGAUGGGGAAGAGGGAGACAUCACAGCUGAAGGAGAAAUGCCAAUUCAAGACAUGGAAAAUGACUGGGAAGAGGCUACGAGAGAGGAGGCCAAAUCUGAAGGGGAAAUGGAGUCUGAGAUGAAAUCCACGUCUCCUGAAGGACAAGUCAGUUCUGUUGAACCGGCUUCUACAGACGUCAGUCCUGGGGAAGAGCCCGGAGACUUGAGCCCCGCAUACUCGGAUGAGAGGGUUGGGCUUGCAGGCGGAGAGGCCCCCCAUCCGUCCGAAUUCAGAGGGGCCGGGGUCAGCCCCACUGAGCCGUCCCAGCAAGGAUCAGACUCCUCUGAGCACAUGGGCCAGGAUGCUUCCGGAGCCAGCACCGGCGAAUCGAAGAAAUCCCACGAAGAGCUCCAGCGGAAGGCUUUUCCUUUGGGGACACAAGACCACCUCAGACUGAGCCAGGGGAGCAGCAUCUCACCCCUGGGCUCCGAUGAGCCAGGCGCCCCCCCGGAGGAGCCCGAUGCCCACCCCAGGGAGGCAGCUCUGCCUGUGUUCCUGGACAGGAUCCAGCAGUCAAGCCCGGCCGAGGACGGGGUGGCGGACGGGGUGCAGUCCGAAGGGAGUGAGGAAGCUGAGGAAGACGGAUCCCGGCUGGUGGUUUUGGACCCGGACCACCCCCUGAUGAUGAGAUUCCAGGCCGCCCUGAAGAGCUACCUUGGCCGGCAGAUAGAGAAGCUGCAGCUGGAGCUCCAGGAGCUGGGCGUGGCCGCCAAGCAAAGCCGCGUCCAGAGGCAGGAGCUGGGCGUGCAUCUCUACGGGGUCCAGCAGCACCUGGCCCGCCUGCAGAUGCAGCUCGAGAAGUGCCACGACCGCCACUCGACCGUGGCGCGCGCGCGGCGGCAGAAAGAGGAGGAGCUGCAGGGCGCGCGCGCGCUCCACACCGAGACCCGCGCGGCCGCCGACGCCGAGCGCAAGAAGCUGGCAGCUCUGCAAACGGAGAUGGAGCGCCUGGCCCUGCAGCUCUUCUUCGUGCAGAACAUAGACCAAGACGUGCGUGACGACAUCCUCGUGAUGAAGCAAGUCGUGAAAAAGUCUGAAGUGGAGCGGACGCGGGCCGAGGCACAGAAGAGGAGACAGGACCUGCAUGUGGACCAGCUCACCACCCGAGCCAACCAGCUGGAGGAGCAGAUCGCCCUGCUUGAGGCCCAGUACAGUGCCCAGGCUGAAGACACCCGGAUUCUCAGAAAGGCAGUGAGUGAGGCCUGCACGGAAAUAGAUGCCAUCCACAUGGAGAAAAGGCACGUCCUGCAGCAGUGGGCCACCAGCCUCACGGGCAUGAGGCUUCGCGACGAGGCUCACAGGACCAUCCACGAGACCCUCAGCGAAUGCCAGCAUCAGAUCAGGUCGUUGGACAGUGAGAUCGAGGCCUAUAAGAAGUCCAUCACGAAGGAGGAGGAGAAAAACGAGAAGCUGGCGAGCGUCCUGAACCGGGCAGAGACGGAAGCCAGCCUGACGCAGAGACUGACCACCCAGUGUCUGGCCCAGCAGGAGGCCCUGGAGAAUGAGCUCAACACCUACCGGCUCGCCCUGCAGGACACAGAGGACGCACUGGGCAAGGCCCACGGGGAAUACACGGCCACCGCGGCCGAACUGCAGGCUGCGCACCAGAACAUCCAGCACGAGCUGGAACUGCGGAGGAAGAUGGACGCCGCCGUCGUGGAGAAGCUGCAGGAGCACAUGACCUCCGACAGGAUGACCAAGCACUUCCACCAGCUCAUCCUGAAGCUCCGGAAGGAAAAGACCGACCUGGUGAACCGUCUUUCCAAAAUCGAUGGUGACAUUGCUCAGACCACCCUGGAUAUCACAAACACCACCUGCAGGCUGGACAUGCAUCAGAAGACGCUGGCCGAGCUGGACGACAACGUGAAAAAAGUCAGCGACCUCAUCGCCAACAGUGAGAACGAAAUCUCCAGGCACACAGUCCUGAUUGAGAGAAAGCAAGGCCUCAUUAACUUUUCCAACAAGCAGCUGGAGCAGAUGGUUUCUGAGCUGGGGGGGGAAGAAGUGGGGCCGCUGGGACUUGAGGUCAAAAGGCUGACCAAGCUGAUCGAGGAACACAGCACCAGUGUGAUUCGGGCCCAGGUGACGUGGCUCCGCCUGCAGCAGGAGGUGGUGCAGGCCACGCAGCAGCGUGAGGAGCAGCUGGCCUCCCUGGGCACACUCAAGAAGGAGGCCCACGUCCUGGAGCAGAAGAAGCUCCGCAUAGAAAACAAGAUAGAGCAGGAGAAGAAGGCGCAGAAGGAGGUCGAGCGGCACAUGAGGGGCCUGGACAACGACCUGAAGAGGCUCAACGUUCUGGUGGGCAGAAGCCGGAGCAGCUCCGAGGAGCUGAGACACGGCAACCUGGUGACCGAGAAGGAGUUCCUGUGCUCGCUCAAGGCCUCUGAGAGGGAGACCAUUGAGAUGCAGGAGAAGCUGAGCCAGCUGGGCGAGGAGAAGGCAGCCACCCUGAACCGCCUGGUGGAGGCUGAACACCAGAUCAUGCUUUGGGAGAAAAAAAUCCAACUGGCAAAAGAGAUGCGCGCCUCGGUGGAUUCUGAGACCAGCCAGACGGAGAUCAGAGCCAUGAAGGCUGAGAUCCACAGGAUGAAGGUCAGGCAUGGGCAGCUGCUGAAGCAGCAGGAGAGGAUGAUCCGCGACAUGGAGCUGGCCGUCGCCCGCAGAGAGACCAUCUCGACCCGAGCUGAGGGGCAGUGCAAGCUGGACAAGAAACUGCUCACACGGACAGACUUCCACUACAAGCAGAUAGAGCUUCAGCGAAAAAUCAGAGAGACCCACAAGGCUACCGAGGAGUGCACCCAGGCCAUCGCGGAACUGGAAGAAACUCAGAAAUGUGUAAGCAGCUCCCUCCUGGAGAAGCAGGGACAGCUGUCAACGAUGCAGUCCGAUGCCGACGAGCUCGGGGCCAACCUGGACCGGCUCGUGGCCCUCAAGAGACAGAGCCUUUCGCAGCUCGUGGCCCUGCAGACGCGCCUGAAGCACCUCCAGGCUGUGAAGGACGGGAGGGACUUGGAAUCUUUUUGUGUCACCGAAAGCCAUGUCUGCUCUCAGAGAACGGUGCUGUCCGAGAGCUGUCAGGAAGCCAGCACUGCAGGAACUUUUUUAGCCACCCAGCAGCUCAGUCAAGUCAAAUCCCAGCGUUUCCUCUGAGCCCACCAUUCGCGCUGGGCGUACAAACCUCUAUUCCCACAGAAACUUGGGUUUGUGGAGGCCCCCACUUCCCACAUGUGAGUGGUCACUAGGGAACAACGUGUCUCCUCGUGACGGUACACUGGGUCCAGUUCAGAACCUUGGGUGAGUAAGGGACCCCCAAAAAGUCAGAGUACGACGGCAAGCCUGGCCUCUGCCUCUGCGGGGUGCACUGAACACCCGCCUCCCACCUCGUUACCGGCAGCUUUCCUGUUCCCACCUGGGAUAGUCCGCCCCUUCUCCUGCCGCUCCCAGUCUGGGUUAAAUCCAGAUUCACAGCUUGCAGGAGGAAGUCCAGGGGGGUGCGAACCCAGGGGCUGCGUUUUUGGAAGCUGGGACCACCGAACACCGGGACCGCCUCCUGGGUCUGCCCGCUUGCGGCCCCUCCAUCGUCCCCCCAGCGCCCCUCCCACACCUGAUUCCUGAGCACCUGCUACCUUGCGGCCUCUCUGCAGAGCUAGGAAAACUAUCCCACCGAAUAAUUUCACUUUCAGACU